AUGAACAACGGCAUAGACAAUGGCCCGAAAUUCAACAAAUCUGUUCUGGAACAACUGGCUACAUUGUACAACAUCAAAAAGUGUAAUAUAAUGCCUUAUCAACCGGCUUGCAAUGGCCUUGCUGAAAGAACCAACAAGAAGGUCCUUGACGCACUCAGAGUGACAGUCAAUCGGGACAGUCACAAAUGGGAUGAACUAAUGCCACUCGUCCAAUGUUCGAUAAACUCCUCUGUCAACUCCUCCAUAGGAGACACACCUCACUUUGUGCUAUUUGGGACAGACAUGAGAUUUCCUAAUGCCAUCAUCUCCGCGCCGCCUGCGCCACUCUACAACUAUGACGACUAUGUUAAGGUAAAACGGAGAGACACUCGACUGGUGUUCCAGAGAGUCAAGGAACAUCUCUCUAAAGCUACUGACGAUUUCACGUGGUUACAAAACGCUCAUGCUAAACCUACGAGGAUAGGACCUGGAUCUUUAGUAAUGAUCCUCAACCAGUGA